AUGGAAGUGAUUUGCGAUGAACAGACAACCAAGCAACAAAUCAUUGAAUUAUCAUUGAAAUACAAUAUCUUAAGUCCACAUACAGCAUUCAUCGGUAUAGAGAAGCGAACAAAUGCAAACAAUACUGGCAGGAUGCUACGUGAAGUACCAAUUGAAAUUUCUGCUGAUGAUCAGCAUUUAUUUACGCCAUCAAGAUUACACUUCUUGGGUGGUGGUGCAGUUCGUCAUAGUGCAGGCAUUCGAUCUGGUGCUGGUGGUGGUUUUGGGGGCAGUAGAGCAAAGAAAGCUAAACAAACAGCCCGGAAAUCGAUGAAUAUGAUAAGUUCGAAUGCAUUCGCUUUUAAUUUGUCUGCACCGAUGGAGUUGUCUCUUUGUUCAUACGGUGCACAAAAUGAAAGUGAUUGUUCACCAUUACGAAACCGACCUAUCCAAAUAGAUGCUGAAGAUUUCGUACGUGAGUCUAGAACCAUCCGUCAAAACUAUGAAGUAUGGCCCUCAACUGAUCAAGAUAUUGUUCGUUAUUUGAUCAACAAACAAAAGUUUAAUUGUCGAUGGAAUUUAGACGAUGAUAUUAUCAAGAACUUAACAGGAAAAUCUCUUUCAAUUUUCCAAUCAACAAAUCCAAAUAUUGGCCAUCAAAUAUUAAUUUCAAUCAUUAUUAUCAUUACACUUGAGACCCGAUUUUCUGGCUUCUCCUCAUUAUGA